ACAAGUUUGCAUCCAUUUUGAAUGUGGAUGGAUAUGGUGAAUAAGGACAUGUGCUUACGGCGAACUUGGGUUGGGUCACUGCUAAAGCAUUGGUAGUAAGUGCUCUCAGCUGGACUCUUAUCUGUUCUUGCUAAGCCACAGAAGACCCCUCCUCAUCCGAGCCACAUUAGAGCUGCAAUCUGCUCCAAAACAAUAACAACCCUGUUAAAGAUGUCAAGCUCAAACCUUAAACUUCCUGCGAGCUGUGUGUCCAGUAACCCACCCCUUAACCAAAUUAAGAGUCCCUUUCUCAAGAGUCCCUCAUCCUUAGGAUCCGUAAGCAGCAUCUCUAAAGUCCGUGGUCUGAAGGCUAUGUCUGCCUCUGGUUUCCGGGCAUCUGCCAUGGCAGUAUAUAAAGUAAAACUGAUUCAACCUAAUGGUGAGGAAUGUGUGCUUGAUGUGCCAGACAACGCGUACAUCUUGGAUGUAGCAGAGAAUAAGGAAAUAGAUAUACCAUUUUCUUGCAGGGCUGGUGCGUGCUCCUCUUGCACAGGCAAGAUCGUUUCAGGAUCUGUUGACCAAUCUGAUGGAUCAUAUCUUGAUGACAGUCAAAUUAAAGCAGGAUAUGUGCUGACUUGCAUUGCUUAUCCGACUUCAGAUUGCGUGAUUUUAACUCACAAGGAGCAGGAACUUUUCUGACUACAAGUUCAGAUUGGGAGUCAUGCUUCAGGCUGCUAUUGCAUAUUUGUCGAACAAGUAGAUAAUGCCUCUUGUGCAUGAUCAUGAUUGAACUUCAACUGACAUUUCUUCAUUGCAUCUUCUUUGGUAGGCAGAAAAAGGAAGAGGGGUGGGGGUGCGCUUUCAAGUUUCAAUCACAUUAUUUCCCCUUCUUAAUCAGUAACAUAUUUUCCCUUCUUAAUCAGAAA